AUGGGUUCUAUAGAGGAAUUAUCCGAGCAGCUUUCUGGCCAGAACGACUGCACCUAUGUCUAUGGCUCCAGAUUCGCUGCCAUGCCUAUGCCAUCGCAUCAACUGCCGGACGGUGAGAUGCCAAAAGAGGUGGCUUACCAGCUAAUCAAAGAUGACUUGGCCCUGGAUGGCCAGCCAAUAUUGAAUCUCGCCAGUUUUGUGACCACGUACAUGGAAGACGAAGCCCUCAAACUACUCGCCGAAUCAUCAAACAAGAACAUCAUUGACCACGAAGAAUACCCCAAAUCUGUCGAAAUCGAGCACCGCUGUCUGAACAUCCUCGCCGACCUAUUCCACUCUCCAGUCUCUGAUGGACAUCCAACCGCCUUUGGUACAUCAUGUAUUGGGUCUUCUGAAGCUAUCAUGAUCGCCACUCUAGCAAUGAAGAAGCGCUGGCAAAUCAACCGCAAAGCCCAAGGGAAAGAUGCCUCAAACCCAAACAUCGUCAUGAGUAGCGGCGUACAAGUCUGCUGGGAAAAGGCAGCCAGAUACUUUGAAAUCGCCGAGAAGCUAGUCCCAUGUACCGAGACACGAUACGUGAUUGACCCAGUCCAAGCCGUCGACAUGGUCGACGAGAACACCAUCGGAAUCUGCGCGAUUCUCGGCACAACAUACACGGGCCAGUACGAAGAUGUACAGGCUAUCAGUGAACUUCUCAUCAAGAAAGGACUGGACACACCCAUUCACGUAGACGCCGCCAGUGGUGGAUUUGUGGCUCCGUUCGUGAACCCGGACCUGGUAUGGGAUUUCAAACUACCCAACGUCGUCUCGAUCAAUGUCUCUGGGCAUAAAUACGGACUGGUCUACCCCGGCAUCGGCUGGGCCCUCUGGCGAUCACCAGAGUACCUCCCCGAAGAGCUCGUCUUCAACAUCGACUAUCUAGGCGCGGAGCAACUCAACUUCACCAUGAACUUCUCUAAACCAGCAUCGCACAUCAUAGCCCAGUACUACCAACUAAUACGACUGGGCCGAAGCGGAUACACAAACAUUAUGACAAACCUCACAAGAACAGCCGACUACCUCACCAGCCAGCUGCAAGAAAUGGGAUUCAUCAUCAUGAGCGAAGGAGGUGGGCAGGGCCUACCGGUCGUCGCGUUUAGAUUGAGUCCCACGCAGAACGUCUUCUUCGACGAAUGGGCGCUGGCGCGGAAACUGCGCGAGAGGGGGUGGAUUGUGCCUGCUUACACUAUGGCUGCUGAUUGUGAGACGAUGGGCAUGAUGCGAGCUGUUGUCAGGACGGAUUUCAGUAUGGGACGUUGUAUAAGUCUGGUGCGCGAUGUGCAAGAUGCAUUGGGGGAUUUGGCGGGUAUGGAGAUUCGGAAUAUUCAGCGGUAUCAAGCGUUGGUUCAGAGUUAUGUCAAGAUUUCGAGGAAGAGUUUUGUUGAUCGGACUUGUUCGCGGGUUGUCAAUCGGGAGAUAGGGAAAGAGAUAGAAGGUGUUUGA